ACUGAAUAUAUAUUGACAUAUAGCAGCUAAGAAACUUCAUCAAGUCUUGCACUAGCUCGGAGUUGAAUACUAUCAGAGCUUCCUAGUAAAUUAGUAAUCCUAUUACUACUUCCAUAGCUAUAGAAAGGGAGGGAGAGAGAGGGCCAGAGAGGGAAGUAAUGGAAGAUUUUCCACCUGGGUUUAGAUUCUACCCAACAGAGGAAGAACUAGUUUCAUUUUAUCUGCCCCACAAACUAGAUGGAAGGAGGGAGGACGUGAACCGGGUUAUGGACCGGAUCAUACCUGUGCUUGACAUAUAUGAGUUUAAUCCUUGGGAUCUCCCACGAAAUUCAGGAGAAAUGUGCCAUGGAGAUCAAGAGCAGUGGUUCUUCUUCAUCCCAAGACAAGAGAGUGAAGCACGGGGAGGGAGACCUAAACGACUCACUACUACUGGAUAUUGGAAGGCAACUGGUUCUCCAAGUUAUGUUUUCUCUUCCAGUUCCAACACUAAUCAUGGCGCCAUCGGCCUCAAAAGAACCAUGGUCUUCUACACUGGUAGAGCUCCCAAUGGAAGCAAAACCGAGUGGAAGAUGAAUGAGUAUAAAGCCAUUGAUGGAGACAAUCAACUUCAAGCACCUUCAUCAUCAAACGCCGCACCUGCUCCUCCGUUAAGGCAAGAAUUCAGUUUAUGCCGAGUGUACAAGAAAUCGAAAUGCUUAAGGGCAUUUGACAGACGACCUUCAGGCACUGGGGAUAUCAUGCGCAGACCUACAGUUACAGUUCAUUUACCAGCUGUGCCGCAGUUAGCAGAUACAGAUCAUCAGGAGGGUUCUACUUAUCCAACAUCGAUAUCUCAUGCUCGGAACAUCAUCCCAGCUGCUCCAAAUUCAUAUAAUGUGGAAGUGGAGAGAAGAAGUCUAAGCUCGUCUGGGAGUUCGUCCUCAGGAGACCUUGGCCAACCCUCUCUAUCUGGACAGAGCACUGGAAGCUUGCCCGUGGCCGUGGACAAUGGUGAACCUCUAUGGGAACUGGACCAACUAGAUUGGUUUAAUUAAGGGCUUUCGAACAAGAUUUGAAGAAACUAAAACAAGAGGAAUCGUUGUUUGCUAAUUAGAAAAUCAAUAAUUAAUGCAUGUGAAUUUCUAGGGUUUAACAGAGUCCGUUUGUACUAAUAAUUUGGAGAAAGUCUAUGACUAUUAUUAUUAUUAUUAUUAUUAUUA